UUUAUAUCGAUGGCGACAAAUAGAAAAGUGUACAGUUGAAGUAAAGGGAUGGAGAAGUGGCACAGAGUCAAGGUUACCAUAAUCCUCAUUGUCAUAAUACACACAGCAUCCUCUGACACCGUCGCAACGGCUGGAAUACUGUCAUGACUUUACAACAAAACGCAAAUUACCUUCUGGAUUGACUGAUAGGGGGCUAUGUAGCCUAUUUUGAAGACUGAAACAUCUACAAUUUUUAUAUGAAUGUUAGAUUUUUUGUGCCUGAAAACGCAUUCACUUCUUUUUAAAAUAAUUAUCGUUGCACUUUGUAGCAAGCCUUAAGUUCUUACUGUGAGUAGGUUUUUUAAAAGUGAGAACAUGUGGACCUUUCUUGGAAUUGCAAGCUUCACAUACAUUUAUAAAAAAUGCGAUGCAAUAUUGACUUCUGCUCACAAAGAGGUUUUACUUGCCGCAAUUGUGUGCCUCAUUGCCGGCAUGCUACUGUCUUAUGUGAGGUAUUUCCGCGGACAAACAUUCAAUGCACCGAAAGUUUUCCAGGUAGCACUGGAACUCGUAUCAACUAUUCCGUUGAUCAAUAAUUUUAUUCCUAAAUCCUCGCCGGCCAGGACCACAGAAACCGAUUCCAAAAAGGGACGUAGGAAUAGAGCAAGGGUGACAGUCAAAGAGUCCCCAUCCACGGUUACCAGCCCAGCAGGUGCGACUACUGUGGCCCAGGAGCCCGACGUGAUUAUCGUUGGAGCAGGAGUUCUCGGAUCCGCCAUGGCAGCUGUCCUGGCUCGGGACGGCCACAGAGUCACCGUAAUAGAGAGAGACCUGCGCGAGCCGGACAGGAUUGUAGGAGAGCUCCUCCAACCCGGUGGAUACCGGGCUCUUAAGGAGCUCGGGCUUGAGGAUUCGGUGGAGGGUCUGGACGCUCACGUUGUGAAGGGCUACGUGAUCCACGACAGAGAGAGUUGCACAGAGGUGGAGAUCCCGUACCCUCAAGAAGAGAACACCGUCCAGUGCGGACGGGCCUUCCAUCAUGGCCGCUUCAUCAUGGGCCUACGCAGGGCAGCCCAGGCCGAGGCCAAUGUCACCAUGGUAGAAGGCACUGUGUCGAGUCUGCUGGAGGAGGAGGACGGCUGCGUGACGGGCGUUCAGUACAAGGACAAGGAAACGGGAGACACCAAGGAGAUCCAUGCGCCGCUAACCGUGGUGGCCGACGGUUGUUUCUCCAAGUUCCGCAAGAGUCUGGGUUCAGGGAAGGCCUACGUUUCCUCGCACUUUGUCGGAUGCCUGAUGAAGGACUCUCCCCAGUACAGGGCCAACCAUGCAGAACUGGUCCUGGCCAACCCCAGCCCUGUGCUCAUCUACCAGAUCUCCUCCACAGAGACCAGGGUCCUGGUCGACAUCCGGGGGGAGAUGCCCAGGAACCUGACUGAGUACCUGGCUGAGAAGAUCUACCCACAGCUACCAGAGCACAUAAAGGAGCCUUUCAUGGUGGCCCUGCAGAACGACCGCCUUAGGACCAUGCCUGCCAGCUUCCUCCCACCUUCUCCUGUCAACAAACAAGGUGUGCUGCUCCUCGGAGAUGCCUACAACAUGAGACACCCGCUAACAGGAGGAGGGAUGAGUGUGGCCCUCAAUGACGUCCGCAUCUGGAGAACUCUGCUCAAGAAUAUGCCGGAUCUUUAUGACAACACAGCUAUGCUCCAGGCAAAGAAAACAUUUCACUGGGAACGCAAGUCAUCACAUUCCUUUGUAGUGAAUGUGUUGGCCCAAGCCCUGUACGAGCUGUUUGCUGCCACUGACAAUUCUCUCCACGAGCUCAGGAAAGCCUGCUUCCUGUACUUCAAGCUUGGAGGGGAGUGCAUUAACGGUCCUAUUGGGCUUCUCUCUGUGCUGAAUCCCAAACCCUUGACCCUGAUUGGCCACUUCUUCGCCGUGGCCUUGUACGCCAUCUACUUCACCUUCAAGUCUGAGUCCUGGUUCACCAAACCCAGAGCCUUAUACAAGAGCGGGGCCAUCUUGUACCGUGCCUGCACCGUCAUGUUCCCCCUCAUCUACUCUGAAGUCAAGUACCUGGUGGACUGAAAUGCGCCCCCUCCUGGAGAGCAGUGGAGACUGCCCCAGGCUAACAGCCUAAAGAACACUGAACUCAAAGCACAUCAGUCGUAAUGGAGUUACGACCCACCGCCUACUCAGCUUUCUGUGUACGUCUGAAGUGACCUGCUGAAGCCUUUUGACUGUCUCAGAACGGUUUAUUAUUAACAUUUUGCCUCUCGUUGGUACUCGAGGGCAAAGCCUUAGUCUUUCGCUGUGAAAAAUCUAAUUAAGAUGUGAUGUGCAGGACCAUCCUUUUGUACCUGCUGUGUAAUUUAAAUGUAAGUGCAGCGUUCAAGUUAAUGAAACGUUGACUACGCAACCCUUAUUAUAUUAUAGGUAUAAUAGGUUAUCUGUCAUGGCUGACAAAUCUCAUGUUGACAGAUUUAUGACAUUAGGACAAUGAUGAGGUUACAGACAACCUGUUACCAAUGACUUCCUGGGAACCUAAAUGGAAAAGAAAACUUUGAUCUCGUAAUGAUUCAUCUAAAAACCAGCCGACUGUUGUCUUUUUACGAACCGUGUCCUUACUGCUGUCCUUCACUAUAAUGCAAAUGUUUCACUUUGCUGCAAAUAGGACAACGCUGCACAGACUAUGAUUUUUUUUUUUUAAAUCAUCUGUUGAACUUUUGCCAAGAUGCAUACUUCCUGCCUUAAAGCUUUGUGAACAAGGGAUCUGUUUCCGGCACGUCCUCUUAUUAGUUUGACCUGGGAAGACUGGGCGAGCAGCGCGUGUCUGACAAGGCUGUGGUCGAUGGACCCUAACCCUAAACUCCCGCCAACCGUCUACAAAGUACAAACCUUCCUUGAUUCAUGCUUUGAAAAAUUGCUGAUCUGGUGAGUUGGUCCAUGAUAUGGUAAUGACAUGAUCAGCUCCUUAGCUACAAUGCUCGGGAGAACAGCAUCACAGUCUCACUUAACCCUUGUGUUAUC